UAUUUUCUUCUAAUCCAUUUCAUCAUACCCAAAAAAACAUGGUGUCUAGAAACCUGAAAGUAUGUUUGAGUGUAUCUGCAAUAGUUCUCAUUGUUGUCUCAACUAUCAAUGUAGCCUUGUUUUUAACAGUUUUCAAAGUGAGAGAUCCAAAUAUUAUUCUCAGCAUUUCACGUUUCGACCUCCCUACUACACCAGGAAUAUCUCGAAAUAUAUCUAUACCCGUUUUGAUUAUAAUAAAGAAUUCAAAUUAUGGGAACUUCAAAUAUAUAGAUUCCUUUAGCUAUAUCACCUAUCAAGAUGCUCUCGUUGGUACUGUUCCAAUUCCUUCACAACUUGUUCCAGCACGUGGUGGAAUUAAUGUCACCACUCAUGCAAAUAUCAUGUACGAUGAAUUGAUCAACAAUCCAAAAUUUGUUGUUAAUGGGACGAACUUUUCAUUAAUGUCAAAAGCUGAACUUCCUGGUAAAGUCAUUAUUCACAGUUUUAUUAAAAUUAAAAUGAAGGCUAUGGCUACUAACCAAUGUGAUAUCUCUGUUAAUAUCACUUCCCAUGAUGUUGUCAGCAAUUGCAUAUCUCAUAUCAAGAUUUAUCUUUAGUACUUUGGAAGCAAGGAUUCUAUGAACAUGCAUCUAAAAAAUGUAUCAAUAAUGUAA